UGGAUUUUUUAUGUGGGACCCGCUAGGAUGGACGUGGUAGAUGAAACAGAAGCGUUACAGAGAUUUUUUGAAGGUCAUGAUAUUAUAAGUUCUCUGGAGCCAGCCAACAUCGACACCAGUAUCCUGGAAGAGUACAUCAGCAAGGAGGACGAUAGCACUGACAUCUGUUUCUCAGAGGUCCACAGCACCCCAGGACCAAAUUAUUCAUCUCCCCAGGCAGGAGUGUCCUCUGGGGGGUUGGUGUGUGGUGUGAGCCCCCCUAUUCCACUAAGGCAAGGAGCCCCUCCGCCUGGGCCCCCUAACUGUCAGAACGCCUACCCUCCAGGUCCAUCUCUGGGCCUCCGACACAGCUACCCCUGCCUGGGACAACAGCAGCACCAACAACACCAGCAGGCUCACGUCAAGCCUGAGCACAGGGGGCACUACGCUCCAGGGACACUACCUGAGUCUCCUCCAGACUCCAGCUCAGAGCCAUACUCUCCUCAGCAGGUGAAUGAUCCUCACAUGAUCAGGACCAUGACACCAGAGAACAUGUGUCACAUGACUCCGACACCACCCCUCCCACACGGGCACUAUUCCAGCAUGCAUCGGGACAUGUACCUGAAGCCUGAGCCCAUGAUAUCACAGUAUCCUAUUGGUCCAGCCACAAGCGGAAGUGGAGACAUGCAGCAGACACAGAUGCUCCAUCAGCUGCUGCAGCAUCCUCAGGGACAGGAUGGGAUCCCCGUUCACCAGGCUAAGAAGAGGAAGCACUCAGACUCUCCCAACAGCACCCUCAAUUCCCAAAUCCUCACAGGUAUCAUCAAACAAGAACCAGGUAUAAUGCAGGAUGCAGACAACGCCUACUUGGACCCAAACUAUCAGUGCAUAAAGUGGCAACCUCACCAGCAGAACAAGUGGACACCACUUUAUGAUGCAAACUGCAAAGAGCUUCCGAUGCCGACUUAUCGUGUCGACGCUGACAAGGGCUUCAACUUCUCCCUGGCUGAUGAUGCUUUUGUCUGCCAGAAGAAGAACCAUUUCCAGGUCACAGUGUACAUCGGCAUGCUGGGCGAUCCCAAGUAUAUAAAGACGAGUGACGGCCUGCAGCCCAUCGACUGCUUUUACCUCAAACUCAACGGAGUAAAAGUGGAGGCUAUGAACCAGUCCAUCAGCGUGGAACAGUCACAGUCUGACCGCAGCAAGAGACCCUUCAAGCCAGUGCUGGUCACUCUGCCCCCGGAGCAGGUCACAAAGGUCACAGUGGGGCGGCUCCACUUCAGCGAGACCACAGCAAAUAACAUGAGGAAGAAGGGCAAACCGAACCCCGACCAGAGGUAUUUCAUGCUGGUGGUGGCGCUGCACGCUCAGUCCCACAGUCAGAGCUACACUGUGGCUGCUCAAGUGUCUGAGAGGAUCAUCGUCAGGGUAACGUCUGGCCAUGCGUCCAACCCAGGCCAGUUUGAAAGUGACAACGAGGUGCUGUGGCAGCGUGGUCAAAUGCCUGACUCAGUCUACCACCACGGGAGAGUCGGCAUCAACACUGACCGGCCAGACGAGGCCCUCGUCGUCCAUGGCAACGUGAAGGUCAUGGGCUCCCUGGUACACCCGUCUGACAUCAGGGCCAAAGAAAAUGUCCAGGAGGUGGACACCACAGACAAUUUGAAACGGAUUUCUCAGAUGAGGCUGGUCCAUUAUCAAUACAAGCCAGAGUUUGCUGCCACCGUGGGCAUAGAGACCACUGCAGAGACUGGAGUGAUCGCCCAAGAGGUCCAGCAAAUCCUGCCUGAAGCAGUGAAGGAGGGCGGUGAUGUAGUUUGUGCCAAUGGAGAAACCAUCCCCAACUUGUUAGUCGUCAACAAGGACCGUAUCUUCAUGGAGAACGUGGGAGCAGUGAAGGAGUUGUGCAAGCUGACAGACAACCUAGAGACUCGUAUAGAUGAACUAGAGCGCUGGAGCCGCAAACUGGCCAAACUCCGACGUCUUGACAGCAUGAAGAGCACCGUGAGUGGAGGCACUGUCAGCCAAUCAGGGAGUUAUUUUAGUAGGACAGGAAGUGGCCCGCUCAAGAAGAAGACAGUCAAACCUGGGAGCAAGAAUUCGCUUCCAGAUCAAGGCUGCAUCAGUCAGAAGUUCAUGCAAGGGACCAUCCUGGCACUGGUCAUCGUCAUGGCUUUCAGUGUCAUUUCCAUGUCCGUCCUUUACGUACUGACUCUUCACCACAGAGGAGGCGCCACAGAGAAAGAUGGCUAUGUUUCUCCCUGUGUUCUCCACAUCUCUUGGAUGCCCGUCUUCACUGCCACUGUUACUUUCUGUCCACCUGUCUGCCCAUGGUCCAGAGCUGCACUGGGAUCCUCACGCAAGAGUCCAUAUACUCCACUGCCCACCACUGCUGCACCAGCUUGUUGUUCAACCACAGGCACAAACAACCAGUCAGCUACAGUUCUGACAUUAAAUAACAACCAAUCCACACCAGAUCUAAGCAGCCUGGUUCCCACACCUGGGACUAUUAAUAAGAAGGCCAAAUCCAGGCUAAAUGACAAGGACGUCCGCAAUAGAAACCGUCUUAGUCACACCUCAGCGCCCUUGUACUUUGCCAAGGCCAAAAGGCCUGCACCUACAGAUCUGGACGGAGUGGGAGCUACCAACCGUCUGCCUGGGGGUCAGCAGCCAAUGCCACGCAGACAGCGCAGCAUACACACAAAGGGAGGAAAGUUGGCUCCCUCUCUGACUAGUCUACAUAUCGUGGAGACAAACCAAGAAAUCACAGCACAAAGCUGUGCAACACCCGAAAGCUGCAGCUACACAAUAUCCCUCCAAGGAAAGAGAAAUUCCUCCAUCUCACAAAUCACAUUGCACAUGACGUCCACAAACAGCGUGUUUGUACGACAAUGUGGAGCCACCAAGGGACGUUUGUGCCCCAACCACACAGAGAUGGAGCUCUAUGAUGGACAAAGUACAUCAACAAAGGGGACUCAUCACCUGUGGUCAGUGCCUGUGCUGUCUUUCCAGGACGUCACCUAUCACUUCCGUGUCUCCCUGUCUAGUGAAGUGAGUUGCGCCACUGAAGGAGAGAUCUCAUCAUAUUCAGACUACCAUUUUCUCAUUGAAAGCAGCUGUGUGUGAGUGGGAAGACGACGUGUGUCCCAGUGCCUUUACAAUACACCACAAUUCUCUUUUGGUGGUUUUCAUUUGUGAUGGGAUUUGUCUCAUUACUGUACAUUAUUUUUAAAAGCGAUUGAUAAAGAACAAACUAUAUACCACUGUCCCCAUUGUAAUCCUCUCCAUAUGCAUUAAGACAUCUCUUUUUGCUGUGAUCACUGGAGUUUUAAACACUGUUUAAGUUUGUUUUUUUUAAUUAUUUUUCACUGAAAAUGUCAGUUUUAAAUCACUGUAAUUUGUUAACUGCUAUUGUGAAAGUAACGUCCAUGACUUUAUAGCUUAUAUUACUGAUCACUGUGUCUUCCAUACUUAAGCCAUAAUUACUUCCUUCUUCUUCUUUUUUUUUUUAGCAGAAUUCAAGUUUCUAAAUGAAGUCCAGGCUAAGAUACUGUAGAUGACACUGCACACAUUUUUUUAGUUUUGUAUAUACACUGAAUCCAGUGUCGACUGAACACAAAAACACUUUUUAUACACUGGAGAGAUCAUUGGAUUCUGCUAUAGGCCUCUGUGAAUGGUUGCUUACUCGCAUUCAGAAUAUACCUCAGUAGUCCACACUGGCAAACCCUGCCUCUCAACAGUAACGCAUUGUGUUCGAGGCUGAGCAAAAAAACUCACUGAACAGAGAGGGAAAUAUUGUGCAUUUGUAUCUCUUCAUCCAAUGAAACAUCAAAUUGUUACAUAAAACAAGUAAUGCAUACGCAGCCUAUUACAUCUUUAAGGAGUGAUAAUGAUGAUGUCUGUGUGGUAGUUUGCAGGGAUACAUUUGAAGAGCACUGAGUCAUACUGAUUUCAGCAGAUUCACUGGAUGACAUGCGAUAAGACUGGAUAAAUUAACGAAUCACUGGAAGUUAAUGCAUAGAAACACUGACAGCUCUUAGCAUUUGAUAGUGCAUUUACAACACUGUCCAACACUGACAAUAUUUCAAGAAACACUGGAAUAGCUUACACUGUAUGUAGUUAACUGGACAGAAUGCUGGUAUGGCAAAAAAAAGGCAUACCAUUUAAGGUGCAUGCCCAA